AUGACUGCAUUGUUCAUAUCGUGUAAUACCGAGAUCGAGUUCGACAUGGUGCCGAUAAGUCUUGAAGAAAUAAUUGAGUCAGAAUCCGACACUACAUCAGCAAGGCCAAAGUUUCUUAGUAAAGCUCAAAGGUUAAAGCUUAAGGAACAACGAUCUCAAAAAGAUAAAGAUGUAAAGUCGGUACAAAGGGUACCCGUUCGGAAACGAGUGUCUCCUAUGGUAGAAGAAAUAGAUGAAGAUAAUAACAAUACAAUAAUCCAAUCCAAGAAGAAGAGAAACCCUCAAAAGAGGUUUGCAUUUGAUUGGAAUGAAGAAGAUGACACUUCAGCUGACUUUGAACCAUUGGUAGCUUUACCCAAACGGAAAUUAGAUAUAGAUUUGGAUGAUGCGGAUGAUUCACGGGCUGUUGAAACGCAACAUUGGUCCAAGAAACCGUUGGAGAAGAUGACACUUCGAGACUGGAGGAUUCUAAGAGACGAUUUUAAUAUUUUGGCAAAAGGUGGAGGUGAAAUAGCCAAUCCACUUAGGAAUUGGAAAGAAGCACAUCUUCCUCAACAACUCGAAGAUACUUUAAUUACUAAGCUUGGUUAUGAGGUUCCUACCCCAAUACAAAGAGCUGCUAUUCCUGUUUCCUUAAGUCACAGGGAUGUUGUGGGUGUAGCAGAGACUGGAUCUGGGAAAACCCUUGGAUUUUUAAUCCCAUUGCUACAUUACAUUCUUCACAUUGAAGAUCAAUAUCUACGUCAUGAACAUACAAUGGAAUCGAAUUACAAUCAAUGUCUUGGUUUAAUACUUGCCCCUACCAGAGAAUUGGCUAUACAAAUUACUGAAGUAGCCCUUAAAUUUGGUAAACUACUACAUUUACAAGUGGUUCAAAUCAUUGGGGGCCAUACUUAUGAAGAACAAGUACAUUCAGUCAACCAAGGAGUCCAUAUAGUUGUUGGGACACCAGGGAGAAUAUUGGAUGCAAUGGAAAGAGGGAUUAUAGGUUUGAGCAAGUGUUAUUACGUGGUAAUGGAUGAAGCAGAUAGAAUGAUCGAUAUGGGGUUUGAAAAACAAGUGAUGGCUAUAAUGGAUAAACUUCCUACAACCAAACAAUUGAUUAAUAGUCUUGAUCGGACUAUAUUUGGAACUAAUAAACGGAUUUCAAUGAUGUUUACUGCUACUAUAUCUCCGCCUAUAGAGAAGAUGACCAAGAUUUAUUUGGAGAACCCUGCCUUUUUGUUCAUUGGAAAUGCAAAUAAAGCUGUGGAUACCAUAACUCAAGAUUUUUAUUACAAUGAUUUACCAUCAACGGAAGAUGGAUAUGAAUUACACAAUAGUGAACGAUUUGGAAAGUUGGUGUCGAUACUUCGUUCCCAUAUUAAACUGUGUCAAAGUUCCGGUGGUGGUGGUGCUGUCAAACCAAGUAUUAUUAUAUUUGCCAACUAUAAGAAGACAUGCGAUGCUAUUGGAUAUGAAUUGGGAAACUGUGGAUUCCAAGACUCCGUAGUAAUCCAUGGUUCCAAAUCACAAGAAGCCAGAGAACGGGCCAUUCAAGAUUUUAGAUCUCAAAAAGCUAACAUAUUAAUUGCUACAGAUGUUGCAGCUAGAGGUAUCGAUAUUCCUAAUGUGACUCUUGUGGUAAAUUACCAAAUGCCCUCUAAAUUUGAUGAAUAUAUUCAUCGUAUAGGUAGAACAGGCAGAGCAGGUAAUCAAGGGAACAGUUAUUCAUUUGUGGAUGAUUCUAAUUCAGAUAUUCUUGUUCCCUUAAAGAAGUUUUUAACUAAAGGAGGCAUGAAAUGUCCUCGAUGGUUACUGAGUCACCAAGCCACAGAAACAAGAUACUUGAAGGACUAA